AAGCUCCACAACUUGACAUCAUGGUGCAUUUUACUGCCGAGGAGAAGGCUGCUAUCACUGGCCUGUGGGCCAAAGUCAAUGUGGAAGAGGCCGGAGGCGAGGCUCUGGGCAGGCUCCUGGUUGUCUACCCCUGGACCCAGAGGUUCUUUGACAGCUUUGGCAACCUGUCCUCUGCCUCUGCCAUAAUGGGAAACCCCAAGGUCAAGGCCCAUGGCAAGAAGGUGCUGACCUCCUUUGGAGAAGCUAUUAAGAAUUUAGACAACCUCAAAGGUGCCUUUGCUAAGCUGAGUGAGUUGCACUGUGACAAGUUGCAUGUGGAUCCUGAGAACUUCAGGCUCCUGGGGAAAGUGAUUGUCAUUGUUCUGGCUACUCAUUUUGGCAGAAAAUUCACCCCUGAAGUGCAGGCUGCCUGGCAGAAGCUGGUGUCUGGUGUUGCCACUGCUCUUGCCCACAAAUACCACUGA